AGCACUUAUAUGCUGUAUUGUGUAUCUGUAUCCUUCCUGCGACCAUGACCGCUGUCUGAUUGCAUUACUGCCAAUGGUACGCGUUCCAGCCGAUCAAUACGUACUAAGACUCCACAUUCUUUGGCUGCUUCGACCACGUUGUACUGUUCCAGGUAGUCAGCCGCGGCUUGGUUGAUUUCCUUGCCGCCCACCCAGACGCCAUUAAUCAAACACCAAGAAAGAAGACGGAAAAGAGAAAAGUGCAAGCAAGUAUAUAGUGAUCACCAUGUCUCGUCGGCCUCAUUCACCGUCCUCCCAUGACCAGGUGUCACCCAUCGACUCCAACGUCCCCAGUGCUUCGAGCCAGAUUUCUCCCGUGUCCGAGCACUCCAUGUCCCGCAACUUCCCCUCGGCUGCUCAUCCAGCUGCUCAUCCUGACAGUGCCUACGGAAGGCUUAGCUCGCAGCGAUUUGGCAACAUCGAUGCAAUGAACCGUCCGCCAUCGCCGCCUCAACACCGGAGUCAACAACAGGACGCGCCAGCUCCACAGAUAACGCAUUCGAACUCGUUACGCACAAACGCCAGCGCUACUCCCGGCAUGGACAACCUGGGCGCUGCCGCCCCGGGCGGCGGCAUUAGUGGGAUUGCAUUCGGCGUUGCAAGUCGCAAUGAAAGACAAAGUGGCCUAGAGGCCAUGCGCUCAAUCGAUGAGCGCGAGCAGCAUUAUUACGAUGGCCCAUCAGAUCGAAAUCACAUAGACACUCGAUACAUUCCACCCCCGGGCCCGUAUUCGGACCAACCUACCGGCCCGUCGACAGCUGAUCAAGGAGCGCGAUACUCAUACCCAUCAAACUCAAGCUUACCACUAGGUGGUGCUGCUCCUCUGGCAGCAAGCUUCACACCAUCUCGCGGUACACCGAGCUUGGCGCCAUCAAAUCCGUCCCAAUUGAGUGUGGGAGAGCCAUAUCCUCGGUACCCCAGUGGUGGCCUGUAUGACGGACCGUAUAGUUCCUACAACGGCCACGACCCAGCAUCAAUAAACCCAGAUGAAAUUGCAGAUGACGGGGAUGACGGCUUUAUACAAGUACCACAGCGACGAUCAGGGCUAUUCGGGAAAAAGUCGAGUCAAGAAGCUGUCGCUGGAGCGGCCGGUGGUGCAGCUGCUGGAGGCGUGUUGGGUGCCAUGAAUAACCUACGUGGUGGCGGUUCUACUGCGUAUGGACCUGUUCCAGGUGGUGAGGCAGCAGCCCAGCGAGGGGAGAAGAACCCGUAUCUAGAUGAGCAGGUCGCCGCAGCGAGUAAGAAAAGGAAGAGGUGGUUGAUGACCCUACUGGUGGGAUUCAUUAUUAUCGCUGUCAUUGUUGGCGCGAUCGUUGGAGGAAUUCUUGGGAGUCGGAAGAAUAAUGCUUCUACAAGUAAUUCAGGGAGUGAUAGCAGCGGAGAUGGCAGCGACGAUCCUGGUACGAAUAUUAACACCGCUACAGGUGAUAUAGCUACAAAUGGAGAUCUCGACAAGAACUCACCUGAAAUCAAGAAACUUUUGAACAACGACAAUCUGCAUCGGGUUUUUUACGGCAUGGACUACACUUCUUGGGGCGUUCAGUAUCCCCUAUGUUUAGAAUAUCCUCCCAGCCCGAACAACGUGACUCGGGAUAUGGCAAUUCUUUCGCAGCUUACAAAUACCGUCCGUGUUUACGGGACAGAUUGCAAUCAGACACAAAUGGUCUUGCACUCGAUUGAUCGCUUGGGACUGACAGAUAUGAAGCUGUGGCUUGGCGUGUGGGUUGACUCAAACGAGACGACUGUGAACCGGCAAAUCGACAUUCUAUAUGACGUGAUAGACGGCAUGAAUAAUACUUCUAUUAUCGAAGGUGUCAUUGUCGGCAAUGAAGUGUUAUACUCCGGUGGCUUUUCUGACCAAUCGACUGCUCAACAAAAACUCACAUCAUACAUGGAGAGUGUGCGUUCGAAUUUGACGUCAAAAGGCUUGAAAAUCCCAGUUGCAACAUCUGAUCUUGGCAACAACUGGAAUGCUGAUCUGCUAGCGGCCUCCGACCUAGUCAUGGCCAACGUUCACCCUUUCUUCGGCGGCGUCCAGGUCGAUAAAGCAGCAGCCUGGACGGCCACUUUCUUCGACCAACACGAUGUCUCACUAAUAUCCGGGACCAGCAAAAGCGCCAUUAUAUCCGAGGUCGGUUGGCCUAGUGGUGGUGGCAAUGACUCCGGCUCUGUGGCUGGUAUUGACGAAAUGAAUCAAUUCAUGUCGGAUUGGGUAUGCCAAGCAUUGAACAACGGCACCAAGUAUUUCUGGUUUGAAGCUUUUGAUGAACCCUGGAAAGUCAAAUAUAACACCCCUGGCAAAGAGUGGGAGGAUAAAUGGGGGCUGCUGGACUCUGGGCGGAAUCUCAAAUCCGGUCUGACAAUUCCAGACUGUGGCGGGAAGACAGUUUAAUUUGCAAAUUUACAUACGUUUAUGUUUACGAAGGAGGGUUCUAUGGCCUGGCGUUUAUGGGAAGCAUUCAUUUGAGCGUUGGCGUUGAGUAGGACUACUUGUUUUGAGCCUUUCAUUGUGAAUAUUUGGAUUCUAUUGGUGGCUCCCACUACAUACCAUUACUUGAGCCUGUGUUAUUAUUAUUAUUAUGAACGAAUGAACGGUUCCAAUUUCUCGGACA